AUGUCUUGCUGCAGCAAUCUCCCCCCCGUCCAGGCCGAUUACACCCCGAAAGGUACCUACACCACCUCGAUUGGUCUCAAGUCGUACGUCACUGGUCCUGAAGACGCAAAGGCUGCCGUCCUCUACAUCUACGACAUCUUUGGCUUCUCUCCCCAGAUUCUCCAGGGCGCCGACCUUAUCGCCUCCCAAGGCUAUCGCGUCGUCAUGCCCGACUUUCUCGUCGGCAAAUACGCUACCCCCGCUUUCUUUGGCCCCGGCACAGAGGAAAAGAGGAAGGAAUACUUUUCCCAGUUCCCCGCUGCGUUCGCCACGCAGUCUAAGCCUCUGGCCGACUCUAUCGCUGCUCUAAGAGCUGCGGGCUACAGCAGGGUCGCCGUCCUUGGUGCUUGCUGGGGUUACAAGGCUGCUUUGACGACCGAGGGUCUCCCUAAUGUCGACGUGUUCCUUGCUACCAGCCCCGUAUUCCCUGUCCCCGAAGACGCCGAAAAGAUUAAUGUCCCCGCCCUCGUCCUCUCGACUUCUGGCGAGGACAAGUCUAUUAUCGAUGCUAUUGAGAAGGGCGUUGAGGCCAAGUACCCCGGAAAGAACGUCUUUAAGCGGUACGAUGACCAGGUACACGGUUUCACCGCUGCCCGUGCCGAUCUGUCUGGUGGUGCUACCCUUGCGGCUUACGCCGAGGCUUACCAGCUCAUUGUCAAGUUCUUGAAGGAGCAUCUCUAG